UGCGCAUGCUCCGUGCGUCCCGGAGGUCACCCUCGCCGGGAUUCCCACGUGCGGUGUGAACCUAAGGGCAUCAUGUUGUGAGAAGAUGGGGGCUGCGGUGACUCGCGCAAUCAGGAAUGUCAAUCUGGAGAACCGGGCGGAACGGGAAAUCAGCAAGAUGAAGCCCUCUCCCGCUCCCAGGCACCCCACCACCAAGAGCCACCUGCGAGAUCAGAUGAGCAGCAAUCCAGAUAUCAAGAAAGAAGUUGAUAGAAAAGAUGACAGACUGCUGUCAUUGCUGAAAGAUGUCUAUGUUGAUUCCAAAGAUCCUGUGUCUUCUGUACAGGUAGAAGAUGCUGGAACACUUCAAGAGCCAAAGGAGUUCCGAUUGCCGAAAGGCCAUCACUUUGACAUAAAUAUUGAGAACAUUCCCAAAGGCAAAAUUUCCACUGUAGAGGCACUGACACUUCUCAACAAUCAUAAACUUUAUCCAGAUACAUGGACUGCUGAGAAAAUAGCAGAAGAAUACCAUUUAGGACAAAAAGAUGUAAAUUCUCUUCUCAAAUAUUUUGUUACUUUUGAAGUCCAAGUCUUCCCUCCUGGAGACAAGAAAGCAAUACAGUCAAAAUGAAGGAAAUCGAGUUCUUUUUCCUAUGUACUCCCUGUCCCCAUGCCCUGUUUAUUUUCUCAUUGUUAGCAUGUUAAAUUAUAUACAUUACCAAGUGUUUAAAGCUUCCUCCUUGUGAGAGCAUCCUAUUUAUUGAGCUUUGCCGCAUUUUCAGGACUAUUGAUAAAAAUAAAUUUUGUUUUCAACUUUAAUUUGGUUUAGGCAUGUGUUCGUAUGUAGUAUCAGCAUGACUAAAUAGCAUUUGUAUAAAUUUAUUACAAAUAAGAGUUAAUGUGUUAUUUUAAGCACAUCAUAUCAUCAGCUUUUAAAUUGGUCAUAUGACCUCUUAGGAAAGGCCCUGAAUCCCUCAUUUAACCUUUAAAGUUCCAUCUUCCAAUUCAGGUGGUCAGUGUAUUUUCCGUGUGGGUAGUGAAAGUAAGGGCUUUCCUGUCUCCCAAGACCAGUGUUUGCUUUUUGGGGACAGGGAGGCUUGACAGUGAGGUAGAGCAGCAACUGAAAGCAGAUAGGAGGCUGCAUACAAAAUACAUAGAAAAUACAUUUUUACUACUACUCUGGGGAUACAGAUCAGUAAGGUCUUUUGUUGUUUUGAAAUAACAAAACAGUUAUAAAAAAUAACCAUUAUAAAAAAGCAUUAUUUGGUGUUUACAAAAUUUUAGGAAAUCUCUAUUUUGGCAAACAUGUAACUCCAAAAGCUUUCAGAGAGGCAGGCAGAAAUGGAAGCUAUCUGAAAAGUUAACUUUUCUCCAGACUUAAUAUAAAAAUAUAAGAAACUUUUACAGAAUGGUUAAAUCAAAGAAUCACAAUGAAUAAAAUUUGGUGGCCAGCUAUACAGGGUCUGGCAGAAGUAAGGCUUGCUUGAGUGUGCUUGGUGGGACAAUAUGGAUGUAAUAAUUUAUAGUUUUAAUUUCAACAUUUCACCUACAAUGUCAUGUGGUAUGCUUGAGUGUGACACGUUGCAGAAUUACAAGCUUAUGAUUUCCUAAUACAAGAUUUUGUAAUAAAAAGGGGCUUUACUUGUGCUGGACCCUGUAUAUACUUUCUAAUUUAAAUGCUGAUUGAAAAAAGAAAAAACAGCAAGUAGAAGUAAAAAAUGUGACAUUGGAAGGCACUUGGGAAGUUGUUGCUUCAUUUAAUAAAUGUACGAGGACACCAAAUACCAGAACCAGGGUCCUGAGCAGAAUUGUGUGUUUAAUUCUGUCAUACUAACUAACUGAGAUCUUGGAUGGAUUGUGUAACCUCUUCGAGAUGGACUUUUUUGUAUAAGUGAUUGUAAUGCUGCCUUACUUAACUGUGAGGGUUGCUGUGGAGAUAAAAUAAUAAAAGACAACAAGUAUGAUUUUUCUUUUUGCAAUUGAAAGUGGAGGCCUGAGGAAAUUUUAUGACCUAUUUUAAGAUUAUUCUGUAGUUUAUGAAAUAGGCUUAGAGUUUAGGUUUGCAAAAUCCUAGUGUCAGAAGCGUAUCUCAAAAGAGCAGAAGGUGUGGGUUGUAGGAACUUUGGGGAAUGUGGUUAGAAAAAUUUCAGGUUAUCACUGCCUUUCUGAGGAAAGAUAGACAUCAUUACUUCCCAGGAGGUCCCCUGGAAAUGGGGUGGAAGAUGCUGAGGCAUUCAGCAUGAUGAUGGAAUUAGGCAUGUUUAAUACUGAGAAGAGCAAAAUUGAGAUAGGAAAUCUUUAAGCUUGUUUUCAAAUGCAGUUUCAUUAUAUGAAUAUACCUAGUUUGUAUUUAGUUCAAAACAGUUAUUUUAAAGAAAAAAAACGCAAUAUAAAAUUGCAUUUUAAAACUCUGGAAAAUCAAUCAUUAAAACUGUCCUUUAUCAAAUAAAGAUCAAUACUUGAAUCACUAAUAGUGCUAUUUCUGAGCCAUUUUCCCUAUUCAAAUCUCUGCUGUGAGUAGACAGCUGUAAAGGUGGCUGUUAUAUGGUGUCACAAAAUAAAGUACUUUCUAUAUCAUU